AUGGCGGAAGUUUCGAAAGUAAAAUACGACAGUCUCCCAGGGAUUGACACAGCCCCCGAUGUCUACGAGACGCCCGAACUCGCCGAAGAUGUGAGUACCAUCCCAGCGUCCACCGCCGUUUCCGAUUCCGAGGACGACGAUGACCCUGAGUCUUCGGCCGUACGACACGAGCACCUGCAAACGGACCAAGCACGGAGUCGCUUCCAACCCUCAAGAAUAGACGCAAAUGGUGUAGAUUUCUCGGACAACAUCAGCGCACAGCGACGCUCGUACCGCACAUCAACGUGGGCGCGGCGGAGAGGCGAAAUACUGGGGGACGACAGUGAUGAAGAGAAGGAAUCUUUUGAGCGAAAGCUCAUGCGGUUGAAGCAGGAAAUGCAGGAGCUAGAGGGCGAAUACCAGGAGCGACUCAAAUCAGGGGACAAGAGCAAAGUUGAGGAGAGAGAUCCCAAAGAAAUCAUGGAAUUCAUAUCCGAUAAGGUGGACACUAUAUACGCUAUGCGACGAGGCGGCGUCCGAGGCGCAGAACCGCAACUCGACCGAACGAUUGAGAAAUUCAACAACUAUGCUCCGUUCGAACCUUCCAAUCGAAUUACCAAAGCUAUCGCGAAUCAGCCGCCGCUCCCCGGCUCCCAGGUACAAAGAGGCCAACUUGAGUUCGUGCUCGAUCAGGCGAAACAAUUCGACGACAGGUUAUCAAAGUUGGAGACUAGUCUGGGACUGGAUGGGAGUACCAUGCCCGAAAUCGGAGACAAAGCGCCUUUCCCAGUAUUCACGACGUUGGAGAAGAUCGAGCAGACGAUUGGGCUGGUGGGCGAAGCGAGCCAGGGCAGUCUAGAGGCAGCAGGCGCCCAGAUCAAGAAGAUGAUCGCAGACGCAGAGCAACUGAAAGAACUGCGUACAGAAGUCUCUCGCGACGGAGAGUCACCCAAUCCCGAGCAAGAAGCGAAGAUCAAUGCUCUCUAUGGAACGUUACCUUCCAUCGACAAGCUCUCGCCGGUCCUGCCUAUGAUGCUGGAACGAAUACGGACGCUGAGGCUUGUGCAUACAAGUGCAUGGGCGGCAGAUGAUGUGCUUACUGAGCUGGAAAACCGCCAGUCGCAGCAAGAGGCAGAGAUUAAGAAAUGGGAACAGUCGAUACAGGAAGCGGAGGAAGACGUGAAGAAGUGUGAGACUGCAAUGCAGAGUAACAUGCAUACGGUCGGUGACUGGGUUAAAAAAAUAGAGGAGAGGGUCGCUAAGCUACCUGGUGGCGAUGCAUGA